AUGGCGCCCGUGAGCCAGCGCAAGCACCUCGGGCGCGACAAGUUCGGGGCUCAGUUCAGCUUGCUCAAGACCCAACAGUACGCCGACCCGGCCACUCGAACAGCCACCCCGACCAUCCAUCGUACCAUCUCGUGGAAUGCCUCGGGCGGGCUGAUCGCCACGGGCGCCAACGACAAGACCAUCCGUAUAUGGAACCCCGAGCGCACCAGUCCUCGAAGCCAGAUCGAGCUGAGGGGUCACGGGCACGCCGUGGAAAAGGUCCUGUUCAACCCCGUCCGAGAAUUCGAGCUGGCGAGCUGUGCCUCGGACGGCUCGGUGCGGUUCUGGGAUACCCGGACGAAAGCCUGCGUCAGUAAACUCGACGUGGGCGGCGAGCCUUUUACGCUGAGUUGGAGUGCGGACGGAAGCGUGCUGUUGGCGGGGACGAAGGGCGACGUCCUCAUCCCCAUCUCAACCGCGAUUCCCUCCUCUCCACAUGUCCUCUCGCGCCACAAGCAGAACCAACAAACCAACCAGACCACGUUCUCGAAUGCAUAUCCGCCCUCUGAUCUGUUGAUAACGCAAGGCGACGGCUCUGUCAAGAUCCUCGACUAUCCCUCCUUCACGGUCCUGCACACCAUUUCCGCUCAUACAUCCUCCUGUACCGCCAUCUCCUACUGCCCCAACGGCAAAUACGUCGCCGUCGGUGGCUCAGACGCCAUGAUCUCUCUGUGGGACACGACGGACUGGGUGUGCCGACGGACCGUGUCUAACACCAGCUCCGGCGCCAUCAAGGGCCUGAGUUGGUCAUGGGACGGUCGGUACCUCGUUGGCGCGAGCGAAGAGAUGGGAUCUGGCGGGGGCGAGGGUUUGAGCUCCGGCUUUGACAUAUACCAUGCCGAGACGGGCGACGUCGUACACACGAUUGCCACAGGCACAAGUGGAAUCCCGGCGGUUGAGUGGCACCCCAACCGCUAUUGGCUGGCCUACACUCAGAUCGAGGAGACUCGGCAAGGGAAGUCGAGUCUGAAAAUAGUCGGAGCAGCUGGCGGGCCCUCGAUUUGA